ACGACAAAUUUUCAGCCAUUUACUAAAGACUGCAAAAAGAUGGGUUCAGAGGAGCGGCCUACAAAGAUGCGCAAGUUGGACGUUGCAAGUGGUGAUGAAAUGAUCAAAGACGCACCCGCAGUCACGACACCCACAGAACAUGUCUUCACGAACAGCGAGAAUAAGGGAACAGUUGGCAGCGCUGAAUCUUCAAUUGAAGCAGCUGAUGAGAAGGAAAGUGGAGAACCAAAGUUAUCGAAGAACCAGCUCAAGAAGCAACGGCGGCACGAACGCUGGGAAGCGGGGCGAGAAGAUCGUAAAUUGAAGCGAAAAGAGAAGGUCAAAGAAAAGAAAGAGCGGCGAAGAGAGGCUUUGGCACAGAUGCCAGUAGAUGAAAAUGGCAACAAACCAAGGCUGGUAGCUGCGCGUCCGCCCAGACAUUCGGCAGGACCUGGAAAGCAAGUACCCAUCACCGUCAUCUUCGACUGCGACUUUGAGGAGCUCAUGUUCGACAAUGAACUUAAGAGCUUGGGCUUGCAGAUUACGAGAUGCUACAGCGACAAUCGAAAGGCAGACUUCAGAGCGCAUCUAGCACUAAGUAGCUUUGGGGGCAAGAUGAAGGAGCGUUUUGACGGUAUACUCGCAAAGCAGUACACCAGCUGGAAAGGCUUCCGAUUCUUUGAGGAAGACUUUGUUGAAGUGGCGGAGAAGGCAAAAGAAUGGAUGAGUGGACCAGAAGGAGGGGAGGUGGCUGGCGCAUUGAAGAUGUCUCAAGAAGCGGAUAAGUCGGGUGAAGAAGAAGGCAGGGGAGAUGCAGAGGAGGGAGAGAUUGUCUACCUUUCAUCUGAGUCGGACGAGACGCUAACACAGCUCAAGCCAAACAGCACCUACAUCAUCGGGGGUCUAGUGGACAAGAACCGGCACAAAGGCGUCUGCCACAAGCGAGCUGUCAGCCGUGGCAUCAAGACUGCAAAGCUGCCUAUUGGUCAAUAUCUGGAAAUGAAGAGUCGACAAGUCCUGGUCACAAAUCACGUCUUGGAGAUUAUGCUCAAAUGGAUGGAGUUUGGGGAUUGGGGCAAGGCCUUCAUGUCUGUCAUGCCAGAGAGAAAAGGUGCCAAGUUGAAGAGUGACAUGGAGAAUGGAGACGGUACAGGGGCUGCUGCAGACGUCGGGAAAGAGGUUGGAGAUUGUGGGCUUGCGGAUGCGGCGGAAGAGGCAGAAGCAGUGAAUGAGCAGCUGAUGGCAGAAGCGGCUAAAGCGACAUAGGGAUGCUCUAUGGAAUCAAAACACCUGGCAUGGUGUGGCACGUGGAUAGAGUGGGUUGGCACACAUCUGGGGGCCAGUCAAGGUAGUAGUCAAGGCAAAGGGGUGUAUUGAUUG